AUGUGGCCACCAAGGAUGGUGGCAACAUGCGCGNUGUUUACCUGGCACCCAACGGUCCCCAACUACCCUAAGGCCAAGUUCCCUGGUGUAGUCGUCUUCAGUGAGAUCUACCAGGUGACUGGACCUGUUGCUCGAUUCGCUAAGCAAAUUGCUGGUCAGGGCUACAUUGUUGCUGCCCCGAGUAGCUACCACGAGUUUACUGGACCUGAGCCUCUUGCCUAUGAUGGACCCGGUACUGAUAAGGGAAAUGACUGGAAGGUUGCCAAANAGCUUGCAGCUUACGAUGAGGACGCUGAACUCAGUGUCUCUCUGCUUCUAUCUCUAGAGACUUGCAACGGCAGAAUUGGUGCUACUGGAAUGUGUCUAGGUGGUCACCUGGCUUACCGAUGUGCAUUGGACAAGCGUGUCAGCGCUGCUGUCUGCUACUUUGCUACUGACAUCCACUCAAAAACUCUUGGUGCCGGCAAGAACGACGACUCCUUGGCUAGAGCCAAGGAUAUCAAGGGUGAACUGGUUAUGAAGGACAACCAUGUCCCUCCUGAGGGUCGUGAUCUUAUUCGCAAGACUCUGCACGAUGCCGGCAUCUGCUUCAGUUUCUUCGAGGCUGCUUGGGCUCAA